AUGUGGUCACUUGGCCAACAAUUGGCCAAUUGGGCACAUGUGCCAUCAGGAGCUUGGACGAAGGAGCCUUCAGAGUGCUACACAUUGAGGCACCCUUUACUAGGGCACGUCAAGGGCCCCAGGGCACGUCAAGGGCCCCAGGGCACGUCAGGGGCCCCAAGGCACGUCAGGGGCCCCAGGGCAAGUCAGGGGCCCCAGGGCAAGUCAGGGGCCUCCAGGGCAAGUCAGGGGCCCCAGGGCAAGUCAGGGCCUCCAGGGCACGUCAGAGGCCCCAAGGCAAGUCAGGCGCCGCAGGGCAAGUCAGGAGCUCCAGGGCAAGUCAGGGGCCCCAGGGCAAGCCAGGGGCCCCAGAGCACGUCAGGGGCCCCAGGGCACGUCAGGGGCCCCAGGGCAAGUCAGGAGCUCCAGGGCAAGUCAGGGCCCCAGGGCAAGCCAGGGGCCCCAGAGCACGUCAGGGGCCAAAGGGCAAGUCAGGGCCUCCAGGGCAAGUCAGGGGCCCCAGGGCACGUCAGGGGCCGCAGGGCAAGUCAGGGACCCCAGGGCACGUCAAGGGCCCAAGGGCAAGUCAGGGGCCCCAGGGCAAGCCAGAGGCCCCAGGGCAAGUCAGGGGCCUCCAGGGCACGUCAGGGGCCCCAGAGAAAGUCAGGGGCCCCAGGGCACGUCAGGGGCCCCAGGGCACGUCAGGGGCCACAGGGCACGUCAGGGGCCCCAGAGCACGUCAGGGGCCACAGGGCACGUCAGGGGCCCCAGGGCACGUCAGGGGCCCCAGGGCACGUUAGGGGCUCCAGGGCACGUCAGGGGCCCCAGGGCACGUCAGGGGCCACAGGGCACGUCUGGGGCCACAGGGCACGUCAGGGGCCCCAGGGCACGUCAGGGGCCCCAAGGCAAGUCAGGGGUCUCCAGGGCAAGUCAGGGGCCUCCAGGGCAAGCCAGGGGCCCCAGGGCAAGUCAGGGGCUCCAGGGCACGUCAGGGGCUCCAGGGCACGUCAGGGGCUCCAGGGCAAGUCAGGGGCUCCAGGGCACGUCAGGGGCCCCAGGGCACGUCAAGAGCCACAGGACACGUCAGGGGCUCCAGGGCACGUCAGGGGCUCCAGGGCAAGUCAGGGGCCCCAGGGCAAGUCAGGGGCCCCAGGGCACGUCAGGGGCCACAGGACACGUCAGGGGCUCCAGGGCAAAUCAGGGGCUCCAGGGCAAGUCAUGGGCCCCAGGGCACGUCAGGGGCCCCAGGGCAAGUCAGGGGCCCCAGGGCAAGUCAGGGGCCCCAGGGCAAGUCAGGGGCCCCAGGGCAAGUCAGGGGCCCCAGGGCACGUCAGGGGCCCCAGGGCAAGUCAGGGGCCCCAGGGCAAGUCAGGGGCACCAGGGCAUGUCAGGGGCCCCAGGGCACGUCAUGGGCCCCAGGGCACGUCAGGGGCUCCAGGGUACGUCAGGGGCCACAGGACACGUCAGGGGCUCCAGGGCAAGUCAGGGGCCCCAGGGCACGUCAGGGGCCCCAGGGCAAGUCAGGGGCCCCAGGGCAAGUCAGGGGCCCCAGGGCACGUCAGGGGCUCCAGGGCAAGUCAGGGGCCCCAGGGCAAGUCAGGGGCCCCAGGGCACGUCAGGGGCCACAGGACACGUCAGGGGCUCCAGGGCAAAUCAGGGGCUCCAGGGCAAGUCAGGGGCCCCAGGGCACGUCAGGGGCCCAAGGGCAAGUCAGGGGCCCCAGGGCAAGUCAGGGGCCCCAGGGCAAGUCAGGGGCCCCAGGGCACGUCAGGGGCCCCAGGGCAAGUCAGGGGCCCCAGGGCAAGUCAGGGGCACAAGGGCAUGUCAGGGGCCCCAGGGCACGUCAUGGGCCCCAGGGCACGUCAGGGGCUCCAGGGCACGUCAGGGGCCACAGGACACGUCAGGGGCUCCAGGGCACGUCAGGGGCCCCAGGGCACGUCAGGGGCCCCAGGAACUGCCGGGCCUGAUCUUGUGUUUGAUGCUUCAAUUACAGUGAUCGACGCGCUGUACUGCAUCGACAGUUACAUUGCUCGGGUGACACAAAUACAGCCGAACACACGCACUGUGAU